GCCGGAGACCCGCGAUGCCGCUAGGGGGAGAGGCCGGCGGGGCACCCCGGGGAGGCGGCCAUGGAUUCCCAGUCCCUGGACGGCUGUAUCCAGAGCACGCUGUCGGCACUUUACCCGCCCUUUGAGGUCACAGCAGCGACAGUGCUGUGUCAGGUCUUUGAUGUGGUGGAGAAGACGUACAGAGGGGAUGGCCUGCGCUACCUCAUCGACUUCCUGAUUCCGGCCAAGCACAUUUUGCAGUGUGUCCAGCAGGAUGCCUGUGUUCAGUAUUGCGGUUUCUUGUUCCAGCAUGAGGGCUGGCCCCUCUGCAUCCAUGAGAAGAUCAUAGUCCAGCUUGCCUCCCUUGACUGGCGGGUCUUGAAGCCGGGUGACUUUUACCUACAGGUGGUGCCUUACCUGAAAAAGUCCCCACGAAUCGUCGUAAAGUGCUUGGCCAAAGACCGGCAUAAUGUGGAGGAGCUGGUGGUCCCCGAAGUCUCCUAUACCUCCAUCUUCACCAUAGAAUGGCUAAACUGCAUCAACGGGGGGCGGAUGGGAGCGGCUCUAGAAAACUGCUUGCUAGCCACAGACGAUAAAAUAUUCCGAGUGCCCUGGGAAAAAAUAGUCAAUCCGGAAUUUAUCGAUAAACCAAAAGCUAUGGAAAGUGACUUGCACUCUGACCUGGUGACUGAAAGUUGCUCUGCCCUCAGCUUCUCUGAGGAGCCACUCCACAGCACCUCUCCCGAGAUGGGAGGCCAAACUUCCCAUGGGCCAAACUUACUCGGAAGCAAUUUGGUCACAACUGCAACAACGGAGCCAUCGGAGAGGGCAGCUGGCGCCAAUGAUGGUGUGAGCCUCAUGCUUGACGAAGACUCCGAAAGUGACCUGGAAGGGGAAUAUGUGGAGCUCAGUGAGGUUUCUCUGCCUAGAGGGGAGCCCCAAAUGGGCUCCUUGGCCCCGUCAGAGCGACUCACUCUCACUUAUUGCACGAAGGCCCAGCCGAGAGCAAACUGCCGAUUAGCAGCCCAUCAGGCCAGCGGCAGUUGCUUGCAGGGUGGGAUAUGUUUAGCACUUACAUCCAUGUCUCAUGGCCAGUCGGACACCACAAGGACUCCUGACACCCAGGCUGGCAAUACUGGCAUUUGUUUGGAGAACUGUCCUGCUACAGGAAGUGAACAAUCGCUGCUGAAAAUUGCAGAGGGGUCUGAGAGGAAUCCAACCUCUACAGUUGCUGGCACUAAGGAACCUUCCGAAGGGAAGCAACGAGCUCACUCGAAGCACGAGCUUGACUGGAGGUAUGCCAUGUGCAGUUACACGGACAGUGAGGAUCCUGAAUGGAAGCUUCCAACAGCGGGGACCCUUGAAAGAACAGAAGUGGCUUGGGGGUCCAUUGCAGAGGAAGGCAGUGGUGGAGGGGAAUCCGUGUGCUGUCUCGGGGUGUCUGGCACAGAGGCAACCCUGGGAAGAAGCAGGGAGAGCGCGGUGCUUGCCGAAGAGGACCUUCUUUCUGUGUCUGACACAGGGCAUUUGAGGCUGUGCUGCAGUUGUGAGGGUGACUCCGGGCUGCCAGAAAAUGCUUUUCUCCAACCCACAACAUUCCUGGUCCCCCCGGGACACAUCUCCAAUGAGAGGGUGACAGACAGUCACCCUUUACAGGAAUUGUCAUCCGGGGUCAUCGAUCAUUGUUCUGAACAGCGGACAGGGGUUCCUCUUCCUCACGGUCAGGUGGAAGAGGCGGACCCAAAGCCAAUAGUUAUGCUAGCAAAGCCAGGAAGGGACAGUGGCAGCAAGGGACAGCCCCAAGAGAUGGCUCAGCAGAGUCUUGUGAAACAGGAGAAGCAGAACGACUGCAGAGACUCCUUGUCCGUUGAAGGGCAGGUAGGGGGAUGCCCGUUCCCAGAAGAAGGGCAAGAGAAGGUGCAUGCUGACCAGCAGCAAGCAGAGGGUGCGUUGCAGCUUAGCACUACUUCAGCAGCGCCUGGAAGGCCAGCAGCUGAGCAGGAGGAGUACAGUGGCCACCCUCCGGCUGAGACUGAUGUGCAGACUGAGGGCUUCUCCACCAGCAUUGGCAAGGAAGGGACUGAAGCCUGCUGGGUGGAUAACCGGAGCGAACAAAACCCGCUGUUGUCGGAAACUUCCAUGGAAGUCGGUGGGUUGGAAUGUUUGACGGGGCAAAGGGAUGAGAACAGUCAAAAUGGUUCAGCGAGAGAAGAGCCGUACAUGUGGACCCUCGCGGAAGCCGAGUGCAAGUCCGCCUCCCUCAAAACUCCCGAGCGGCUGGAUCCCAGUGAGCCUGGCAUGGAGGACGCCCCAUCAGCCCCGUUGACGGACGAGUCCCCAGGCAGCGUCGGGCACGGAAGUCCAGGUGUCAUGAACGGAGAUCAGGAUGCUGCUCCCGAGGCACUCCUUGUCAGAGAAGCCUCAUUCAAAUGGGCAGAAAAAGUCAGUGGAGAAGCCGGAAAGCCUGGCCUGGUGCCCAUAAAUCCCCGCUGCACCUGGGAAGAAAGUGCCGUGCACGCCAAGCACCAGAACCCCCCGUCCCUUCCUCCUGGUGGGAAUCUGCAAACGGUCCCCAUGGCCAUGAAGGAUGUUAAUCUGGAAGUGCUGCAGAGUGGAGUCGCCUGCCUACCUGGCACCAGAGACAAGUCCGGACGUGCUGUGAUCAUAAUCACAAUGAGGAAUACGGUUUGGCUGAACCCUCACUGCAAUACUAACGAGCUGACACGCCUCCUCUUGUAUUUGCGCAGCAUUCUCAGGCCUGAGUGCCAGAGUUUGGGCCUAACCAUUCUGGUUGAUGCACGGCGAUGCUCUCCGGUGCCGGCUCUCUUUAAAGCCUUGGCUGUACUGCAGGACGCUGUCCCUCACUGCAUCCAUGCCGCCCUUUUGCUUGUUGAGAAAGAGGUCACCUUCCGGAUGGAGAAACCAGCUUCUGUGCAGGUGGAGCUUCUGACUUCUAUAAAAUCCCUCCACAAGCACAUCGACAGCGCAAAACUGCCCCUAGAAUUCGAUGGGGCUCUUCCGUACUGCCAUCUGGACUGGCUCCGCUUUCGAAUGCGCCUGGAGCGUUUGCUGCACGGGUGCCAAGGCGCAUCCACUUUCCUUGCAGAGGCCCUGCAGGCUGCCGAGACCAGCGCAUUGCCAGACAGAGCAGAGGAGGCCAAUGCUUUGCUAAAGCACUACAGGCAGUUAAUGAAGACUGUUCUUGAGGACUCACGCCUGGUCAGACUGCAGCUAGAGGGUGGGGCGCUGCUGGCCCGGUUGAGGAAGGAGGAAUCUUGUGUUACUCUGACAGAGGACUACAGAGAUGCCCUCGAGGCGGCCGCCACGCUUUACAACCGGGUGGACGAGGGCAUCCACCAGCUGGUGAGGAUUUCAAACAAGCGGAUUGAGGCCCUGGAGCUGGUGAUGGACUUUGAGGCCUUCGAAGAGUGCUCCCGAGAGGUCAGCAGCUGGAUCGAGAAUGUUGGCCAACAGCGGCUCACAGAGCUGACUGAGAUGGACGAUUCUUUGGAGGUCCUGCUUCAAGCACAGAAGCAGUUCCAGGAUUUUGAGCUGGUUGCUGAUGAAUACUGCCAAAGAGGAAAGGAAGCUCUGGGGAAGAUGGGCAGGUGGGAAGACGUUUGUUCUGCUGAGCUGCACGCAGCAUACGGGAUAAAACUGCAGAUGUGGAGGAACCAACUGAUGGGAUUCUGCAGCCGACUGGAGGCCAGCAGGAGCCGGAUUGACUGGACCGCCAAACUCUAUGAGUUUUUUGACCAGGCGUACGAGUGGGCACUGGAAGGGAUGCGCCAGCUUGCCAGCGUCAGCAUGGAGGACUGCAGCUCCCAGGAGCUCUGCUCGGCAGCCCUCAAAUGCCUGGAGAACUACAAGGAGCAGCACCCGGAAAUCAGUGAGGCCAGAUUCCAGGAGGCGAAAGAGCUGGCCUGCCAGCUGAGGAGCAGCAACGGCCUGAAGCAGUGGCAGUUUGCGUGGUCCAAGUGCCAGGAGACCAAGCUGGCCUUCGAUAUGAAGCUCGAAGCGGCCCUGAGGACCAAGAGGUCUCCCGCUCCAGAGGGAGAGCGAGGCUUGCCUGGCCAGGAGGGGGCUGUUUGGGGGCGAGUCGUCACCGUGGCUCCAAGUGCGACUCAGUGCCUGGGGAGGCCCAGUCAGCCGCCUGGGCAGGCUGGGGAAAAUGCACAGGGCCAGCAUGAGGCUGUCGGGCCUGGGAAACAGGUGGUGCUCCAAGAUGCUGCUCCCAGCUCGAGUAGGAGCAUUCCUGAGGCCCCCAAGCCACCCUGCGGGGCACGGGAUGACAAGUCGACUCUAGAGAGCAUUGCUGAAGCCCUGGAGGCAUCGCCUGCCUGCCCCUCCACUCCAGCCUCAAGGCAGCUGUUUCCCAAAAGGAUCUUGAGGAAGGCCCAGAGUUUCGACCUGGCUUGCUCUGAGAGCCUGCGCUCCAGCUGCCAGAGGACUCUGAGUGAGCCAGCCCGCUACGGCAACACAGGAGUCUUUAUCAAAGGGCUGGAAGUCAGCAGCACUGAGCUGGUGGACCGGACCAACGUGGCCCGACAGCAUCCUGGCCCAACCAACUGGGCUGCAGGUUGUGCGCAAGAGGAGCGGAGGAGUGGUGUGUCUGUGCCAGAGGCCAAGAGCUGGGGCAGCAAACUGCGCCACAUCAUUGACGAGAUGGUAACGACAGAGCAGGAGUAUGUCCGGUCCCUGCACUACAUCAUCGAGAGCUACUUCCCUGAGAUGGAGCGUGCAGACCUGCCCCAGGACCUGAGGGGGAAGCGGAGCGUCAUUUUCGGGAACCUGGAGAAGCUCUAUGAUUUCCACAGCCAGUACUUCUUGCGGGAGCUGGAGAGCUGUUGCAACCACCCUCUGCGUGUCAGCCACUGCUUCCUGAGACACAAAGACCAGUUUGGAAUGUAUGCACUGUAUAGCAAAAACAAGCCCAAGUCUGACUCGCUCCUGGCUAGCCGUGGAAACACUUUCUUCAAGUUCAAGCAGAUGCAGCUUGGAGACAAGAUGGACCUGGCCUCCUACCUCUUGAAGCCAAUCCAGCGCAUGAGCAAGUACGCCCUUCUCCUGAAGGACCUCAUCAAGCAGUGCGGGGAGGCGCAGGAGCAGGAGCUAGUCUAUCUGCGGGCAGCCGAGGAAAUGGUGCGCUUCCAGCUGCGGCACGGCAACGACCUUCUGGCCAUGGAUGCCAUCCGAGACUGUGACGUGAACCUCAAGGAACAGGGGCAGCUGGUGCGCCAGGAUGAGUUCAGCGUCUGCCUGGGGCGCAGGAAGUGCCAACGCCACGUCUUCCUCUUUGAGGACCUGAUCCUCUUCAGCAAGCCCAAGCGGAUCGAGGGGGGGUUCGACGUCUACAUCUACAAGCGCUCCUUUAAGACAGCAGACAUUGGUCUAACGGAGAACUCGGGCGAGAGCGGCCUGCGCUUCGAGAUCUGGUUCAGGCGGCGGAAAUCAAGCGACACGCACAUCCUGCAGGCCAGCAGCAUCGAGACUAAGCAGGCCUGGACCAGCGACAUCACCAAGAUCCUGUGGGAGCAGGCUGCCCGCAAUAAAGAAAUCCGCAUGCAGGAGAUGGUGUCCAUGGGUGUGGGGAACAAGCCUUUCCUGGACAUCAAGCCGAGUGAAGCCGCCAUCCACGACCGCGCCAUUGAUUACAUUAUGAAAGGCAGGGGAGCGAGGACUCGGGCUUCCAUCGCCGUGUCUCUGUUUGACCACGUCAAUCCCUACAAGAGAUCGCCAGCUCCUCUGCCUGCCAGCGGCCCCUCUUCCUGCUCAGUGCUCGGGCCCCUCAACCUGCACAUGUACCUGGAUCAGGCCUUCCUGCCGAACAUGCUCAGCACCAGCCGCCCCUUUGAUUCUGACGCUUGCAUUGAGGAGGAUGAGAUGGAGAAUGAGACCAGCAGCCAGCCUUCCAUGACAACAGAAAGCUCCGAGUCCUCUCAGUGCAUGUCCGGAAGCGGCUCCAGCAGUUCUGACAGCGGCUGCGUCUCCAGCAUUCCUCGGGAUAGUUUCUGUGAAGAUCUGGGGUCCCCACUCUCCACCCCAGCGAGCUCUUCUUUGGCCUCCCCCCUGGAGGAGAAAAGCUGUUUCCCCAAAAGCCAGUAUGUUUCAGCGGUUUGAAUGCCAGUUUCCGUGACGUUUCAGAAGAGCCCAAAAGAAGGCGCCUCCCCAGAGUGCUCCAGGAAACCACGAUGCUAGCUGGGGAGAUAAGGGUCCUUCCAGGUCUGCAGUGGACUAGACAUGACAAGACCUCCAUUUUUUUAAAGAGUAAUGUCACACAGUUCAAUUGAACAGUGGGCUAAGACUGCUGUGGUGGGGGGGGGGUGGAAAUACCUGUCUUGUUCCACAGAGGCUGCCAUGGUCAGAUCUCAGCGACCACGUUUCCUUCUUUUAGCACAUCAGGAAGCAAUAUGGUGGCCAGACCUGGGCAACUGGAAGCAGCAGUCAGUCAGUCAGCAGCAGUGAAACAUGCUGGCAUGACCAUGGGAGGGGUGAGGGGCUAAGUGGCCAGAUGGAGAGGUUUGGUUGGCCAGAUGUGAGCCUGUUUAGACAAAUGGCCAUCAUCUGCACAAGCAGAUUAGAGAGACCAGCGUCAUCAGGAAACUUCAGCGCUCACAUUUGUGUUUUCAAUCAUUCAUAGUUUUGUUCUGCAAGCUAUAUAGUUCUGAGCUUUUCUUUAAGGGCGGAAGGAAGCAAAGUUAUUUAUUUGGGGGGGGGAUAUGCCCUCUCUUAGGUUGGAAUGUUACCCAGGCCUGUUCUUUUUGUUUAUAUUUGCCUGGUGUUGAGAUAAUUUAUUGUCUUUUCUUACUAUAAAUUCAUUUGCAAAAUCCCCAGGUGCCUCAGUGCCAAGUUGCCCUGUCUGUGUAGUUGCCCCCAAAGUAGCAUUCUGUGUCAGUUUGGCAGAACAAAGUGUCCGUCAGUGGGAAGCUGAACCGAAUACUUGGGUAGCAGCAGAGAGGCGGAGAAGCACUCCAUGGGGAGGGGACUGAGAUCGGCCUGUUCUGCAUAUGCAGCAGCAUGAGACGGGAGGAUCCCGCGGUGGUGUAAAGACUGCCUGAGAGAAUGCAGGUGAGGGACCGUGUUUUUCAAUUUUAUUCCAUUUAAAAAACCCUCCAUGCAAAAAGAAAUCAGUCAUAGCAAGGAGCAGGCUGGGCUAACGCCUGACUCCGUGAUUUGCUGGUUUUCAGCUUGCAAGAUCUUCCUCCUCCCCAUUCAGAACGAUCAUUUCCUCACUUGCAGUCUGAAUUCACACAGUCUACUCCAGUACCUUCCUGGGCUGGAGGUGCCUGUUCCUUCCCUGUUGUGAGAUGCUUCCCAAGACCACUGCCUGCCCGACUCUGGCUCCCAGCCCCCCCCCCCCCCAGAGAGUAAUAAAAAGACUAAAGGUGGCAGGACGAACGGAGACAUGUGGGCAAGGCGAAAAGGGAGAAAGAAGGGGCGGUUGAGGUGGCGGUUUCUUUCUGGCAGUGAGUCCAGGCAUAGAUCGUUGCUGAUAGCAGCAGCUCUGGCUAUUGGCUGUUUCUGCCAGGCUGGUUAAAAAAGGGCUGGUGGCCAUCCAAGGGGCCCACUUGGAGCUGUUAGCAGGGGCUGCAGCAUCUCUCGGCAGCAGAGGGGUUCACCUGUCGCACCUGACUAAGGGGUGCUGUGACAUCCCAGCCGAUGUUACCGUUCUACUCCCCGGCUUUUGCUUGAGUGCACUUCUGUUACCUCUGGUGUAUUAACCCGAUUCUCCUUUCAUUCUGAAAAUCCAAGUGCUGUAAAUAUGACUCUUAUUUUAUACAUUUAUUUAAUAAGCUGGAUUUUUUUCAGCCUCUUUUGAUUCUAAGAAUGGAGUACCAGAACCCUUUGCCAUUUUUGGUAGAAUACUGUCUGAAAAACAGCUGGAUAAGGACAUAUGUAGAUGCUUCCCAGCUCUUGAUUGAUCCAGCCUUUGCUUUUAAAGAGGAAGAGAGUUGACCAGAAAACGGGCGAAAGGAUGAAAGCGAUUUCACAUGAGCCAUUUUCUGACCAAUUUCUGGAAUUCCUCAAGUAAGGCCAUUUUUUUUCAUUGCCGGGGGAAGAAAUGCCAUAAUGUCCUGCUAACAUCAGUGUUGUUUUUAAGAUUUGACUGAAUUACUUAAUAAAAAUUAUU